UCCCAGGCGGUGGGUCUCUGACUGCCCACGGCUUGGGCUUGUGCUGCUCCUCGGCUUCCCGCCCUAACUGACCGCGCAGCCUGAGUCUGGAUAUUGAGGGGCAGGGAAGAAAGAUUCUGUCAGCAUGAGGUGCUCCCUGCAGGCAGUGGCGCUCUGGGGGAAGAAGGCCCCUCCACACAGCAUCACUGCCAUCAUGAUCACUGAUGACCAGCAAACCAUUGUGACUGGAAGUCAAGAAGGUCAGCUCUGUCUCUGGAAUCUCUCACCUGAACUAAAGAUUUCAGCUAAAGAACUUCUGUUUGGUCAUUCGGCUUCUGUAACAUGUUUGGCAAAAGCGAGGGACUUCUCUAAACAGCCCUAUGUCGUUAGUGCUGCUGAAAAUGGGGAGAUGUGUGUUUGGAAUGUCACGAACGGACAGCGUGUGGAGAAGGCCACGCUUCCUUACAGGCACACUGCAAUCUGUUAUUACCACUGCUCCUUCCGGAUGACAGGGGAAGGCUGGCUUUUGUGUUGUGGAGAAUAUCAAGAUGUUCUUAUCAUCGAUGCUAAAAGUUUGGCUGUUAUUCACACUUUUAUAUCAUCUCAGUCUCCUGAUUGGAUCAACUGCCUGUGCAUUGUACACUCCAUGAGAAUUCAAGAAGAUUCUCUCUUGGUGGUAUCAGUAGCUGGUGAGCUCAAAGUAUGGGAUCUCUCUUCAUCUAUCAACAGCAUUCAGGAAAAACAAGAUGUCUACGAGAAGGAAUCCAAAUUUCUCGACUCCCUGAACUGCCGGGCAAUACGAUUUUGCACAUACACGGAGAGACUUUUAUUGGUGGUAUUUUCUAAAUGUUGGAAGGUUUAUGACUAUUGUGAUUUUUCCCUUCUGCGGACCGAAGUUAGCAGAAGUGGGCAGUUUUUUGCUGGGGGAGAGGUGCUUGCUGCUCACAGAAUCAUCAUCUGGACAGAAGAUGGUCACAGUUUUAUCUAUCAGCUGCUGAACAGUGGGCUUUCAAAAAGCAUAUACCCUGCUGAUGGAAGAGUGCUUAAAGAGACCAUUUAUCCUCAUUUACUGUGCUCUACUUCUGUGCAGGAAAAUAAGGGCCUUUCCUUUGUUAUGGGCUACAUGAAUGAAAGGAAAGAGCCUUUUUAUAAGAUACUAUUCUCUGGAGAAGUCUCAGGAAGAAUUACUUUGUGGCACAUUCCUGAUGUUCCUGUAUCCAAGUUUGAUGGCUCUCCUAGAGAAAUACCAAUAACUGCCACCUGGACCCUUCAAGAUAAUUUUGAUAAGCAUCAUACCAUGAGUAUUAUCGACCAUGUCCAUGGGGCUGGAAUGGUGGUAGUCACUUCAUCAGAGUAUAUUUCAAGUCUUGAUAAACUAAUAUGUGGCUGUGAAGAUGGGACCAUUUUGAUUACACAGGCUUUGAAUGCUGCCAAAGCAGGACUUCUAGAAGGCAGUUCUUUAUUAAAAGAUUCCCUUCCUCAUAAAGUUCUCAAAGGCCAUCACCAAAGCGUUACGUCAUUACUUUACCCACAUGGUCUCUCUUCAAAAUUAGACCAAAGUUGGCUUCUAUCUGGGGACCAGGACUCAUGUGUCAUCUUGUGGAAUAUCUUCACUGAAGAAGUUUUGCAUAAAUUCUUUUUGGAGGCUGGUCCAGUAACAAGUCUUUUGAUGUCACCAGAGAACUUCAGACUAAGAAGUGAUCAGGUAAUUUGCUGUGUGUGCAGUGACCAUUCUGUGGCUCUCCUUCACCUUGAGGGGAAGAGGUGCCUCCUGCAUGCCCGGAAGCAUCUUUUCCCUGUGAGGAUGAUAAAAUGGCACCCAGUUGAGAAUUUUUUAAUUGUUGGAUGUGCUGAUGACUCUGCUUACAUCUGGGAAAUUGAAACAGGCACUUUGGAAAGACAUGAAACGGGAGAAAGAGCAAGAAUAAUUCUCAAUUGUUGUGAUGAUUCACAGCCUCUAAAGCCUGAAUUUGCACUUCCAGUUACCUCAGAGACACAUAAGCACAAAAGUAUAGAACAGAGACCCUCCAGCUCCUGUCAAUUUGGGCCAAUACCUUGCCCUGGUCUGCAGGUGGAGUCUUCAUGGAAGGUUGCUGAUGUCAAGCCUUUCUCAGGACCUUUUAACGUCUUGCCUGUGAAGACAAGAUGGAGUGACAUUGGCUUUCAUAUCCUUCUAUUUGAUCUGGAAAACCUUGUUGAACUUUUGCUGCCAACUCCAGUCUGUGACGUUGACCCUUCCAAUUCAUUCUAUGGUAGUGAGAUCCUGAGAAGAGCCAAAAGCACAGUUGAGAAGAAAACACUGACUCUGAAAAGAAAUAAAACUGCCUCUGGUUCUCUCUCAGCAGAGGCACAAGCCAAGCCUGUCAGUGAGAACCCAGCCCAGGGAGAGAAUACUGCCAAAUCCUUAGGAGAUAAUGAAGGCAUUAAAAGGCAGAAGAAAAUAAAGAACUCCAAAAAGAUGCACCCCAAGCCAUCAAGAAAAGUGGAUGCCAACAUCAUGAUAGACACAGCUAAAUUAUUCCUCUCUUGCUUUUUGCCGUGGGGAGUAGAUAAAGAAUUUGAUAAUCUGUGCAUUAAGCAUCUAGAUAUUUUAAAGCUUCAGGGUUCUGUUUCUUUAGGACUUGCCUCAAGUGAAGAUCACUUCUCAUUGAUGCUGCCAGGUUGGGAUUUAUGCAAUGCUGAAAUGAAGAAAGACUAUUCAAAAGUAAAUUUAUUUUCCAAAAAAGUUUUGGACUUGUCAAAUAAAUACAUGUCCACUCUUCCAAACCAAGUUGGGAUGCCAAGAGGACUGGAAAAUAAUUGUGAUUCUUCGCAAGAGUCAAACACCCUAAACACUAUAGUUUAUUUAUUGAACAGACUAUUUGCAGUUAAUAAGUUAGUUAACACACCUUUAGAGUUGGCAUGUGGAAUUGACAGGUCUUUCAAAAUGGAAUCUGUGCACAACAAGGCAAGAAUUCCCGGGAAUGAGAUUUCGAAUAUUUCAAGCUUCUAUGGUUACUUACGAAAUGGUAAAAGUGAAUCCCAUAUACCUGAAGCUGACAUUUCACUUUUGAAGCUAAUUUCCUGUUGGAGAGACCAGUCUGUGCAGGUAACUGAAGCAAUACAAGCUGUUCUCUUGGCAGAAGUUCAACAGCACAUGAAGAACUUGAGUAAGAGAGCAGGCAACAGUCAACCAGUGUCCAUGACAGAGGAUGUUCACUGUGAGAUGAGACAGAUUCUGCAGGAGACGGAAUGGACCCGGGAGGAGAUAGAGUUACACUGUACUACAGACACCUUGCCUCUGCAAACUCCAGUCAGUCCGGUCAAGCAUGACAGCGACUCAAACUCGGCAAAGUUCCAAGACACUGAGGACAUGCCUGACAGAUGUGUCUUGGAAGAGUCUGAGAGUCCAGAGAGGAAAGGGAUAUUGAAGCACAGAAAAACUAUAAUAGUUUAUUCUUUAAGGUAAGCCAAGGCAUCAUUCAUGGAUAGCAAAGGUGUGCUCCUGUAAACUGUGCUAAAUGGAAUCUUAUCUAUAGGAAUUGGAUUUGGACAAACUAUGAAACCCAAACAUGCCAUUUGUUUAUUGUUGUAUUAAAAACCAUGCUGUUAUUGGUCAUUAUUAGAUUGUAAGUAGAUUUGCUAAUGCCUUAGAAAGAGUGUAUUGAAAAUGUAAUUACUGAUUAAAAAUAUCCAAAUUGAUCUAA